GGUCACUCUAAUUUGUUUUCCUUUAAUUGUAAACGUCAACAGGUGGUUGUAGAAAUCUUGAGAAUGAUUUUAUCUCCAGGUGUGACAACGAAAUGUUCCAGCCAUCUGUUGAAAUAGCGGAAAUCCAUUAUCACAGAUACAUUUCGGCACGAAUCAGCUGAUGUAGCCAUUUAGACAAAGGACACAUUUACUGAAGAGGAACGGAACACAGUCAAACAUCAGCUUCCCAUGAAUCAAUACAGUUUGCUUGUAUUGGUAUUUGGUGUGGGGGUAUCACUGAGCCAUUAAUCUUGUCGGUGUCACAACAGAGUUAGUGGCAGGAAAGUGUUAUCCCACGAUUUCCAUCCCAAAUUGUGUUUAACAUUCAGCAAACCUUUGUAGACAAACAUGUAAACAAGUGGCUUUGGUCAAAUAUACCGUCAAGUGAUGAAGAAGGGAGAGAUCCUUUGUUUGAGACACAGCGAACAUACAGGUGGAAAUACUCUUCAAGACUCUUGAGAUGACCAAUCAGUGACCGAGCCCUGAAUGUCAUUCACCCUUCAUCAACAGUGCAAUACGUGUCUACCCAACACCCCUUUCAUUCCAAAUGGACUAGUCUUCCUGUUCUUGCCAAAAAGUCCAUUUUAUUUUAUUGCAACAUUUACCAGUGAUAUUAUUCCUGUAUUGUGAUGCAACGUUUAUGUGUUAAAAGUUCCGUACUUUAUUGAUUGUGAUAUUAAGUGGACACUUCCAUUAUUAGCAGAGGGGUGUUCAGUGACAACAGGUGUUGGAUAUAAUAAUGAAUGGCGAUUGGUGCUUUAUAGGAAUGUAAUGCAUGCACAUCUAGCGCAGUGCUGCUCCGAGCUAUCCAUCAUUAUCACCCCAAGGAAGAGUUUUGAUAGCUGCAAACCGUUCAACUAUACCACCUAGCUUGACAGCUUUCAGUAGAUUUGGAACUAUUGGCAAACUAAAGGAUAAGUGACGAAAUGACGGAACCGGAUCAAGAUGAGAUUCAUGAGAUUAUGGUGCAGAAGGCCACGGAACUGUUCAAAGUUUGUGAUAAAGAGGAAAAUGGUGUUAUUUCUAAACGGGAUAUGCAACGCCUGCGGAGUGAGCUCCCCUUGUCUCCUGAAAUGUUGGAGGAGGUCUUUGAUUCAUUAGAUGUCGACGGAAAUGGAUUUCUUACUCUUCAGGAAUUUAUUGAUGGAUUUGAAAGAAUUAGGAUGAAAAUGGAUAAAGUGUCUGUCAAGCGUGAACCAUCAAAUCCGUCCGAAAGGAAAACUCACAGUUUUCGGCGUAAAAAAUUACAGGCCCUGCAUCGCAGUUUCUUGGGGAUGAAGCCAGCAGGGACGUCGUCGAUGGAGGAGGAGGAGGGUGAUGAGCGGGUUUACGAGGACGAAGAUGAUGGCACCAAUUCUGUGGAGGUGGAGAAACACUUCCAGGAGAUGAUGUCCAAUGUUGGCGCCAAAAGAUUCUUCCAUGAUGACGACACAAUCAAGGCAUUAUGGGUAAAGCUUCGUGCAGAUGAGCCGGAACUUCUAGGGGAUUUCGAGGACUUCCUGAUCCGAGUAACCAACAACAUCAAACAGUCCCAGAACGACUUUGACAGUCUGGAAACAGCUCUCAGGAGCAAAACAACUGCACAUGAUGAAGAGGUGAGAAAACUGUAUGAAGAAAUGGAGACACAGAUAAAGCAGGAGAGAGAUCAAAUACUGAAAGAGGAGAAGGCCAAGGAGAAACAGCUUCGUGACGAAAUGGAACGUGAGAUAUGGGAGAAGGACCGACAGCUGCAGGAGUUGCUGCAGAAGCACCAAGAGAUGGAGUCCCAGCUGGAGGUUCUCAAUGCGACAGAAGCAGAGACAAAGCAGGAAAAUGAAAAACUGAUGAAUGAGAAAGAAAGGGUGGAGGAGCUGCUGAUGACGUCCCAGGACAAUCUGGAGGAAUCCAGGACAUACAUCAACCAGCUACGGGAGCAAGACAAGCAUCACACCAAGGAGAGAGCCAGACUUUCAGGAUAUGAAGUAAGGGAACACAGGGGAGGUAAUCCUCGUAUGCGCAAGGGGAGACUACUCCAUGGAAAUGAUGAGCCUCUUUCUGAUAGCAGGAGAGCUGCGAUGAGGAUGACUGAGGGCAUUGCCAUGGAGAGAGAGAGUCUUGUGAAGCAGCUCGAUAUGCUCAGGGAUAUGAACCGAAAGUUGCGAGACGACAAAGAUGAAGCUGAGGCAGCAGAAUCAAGGCGGGAUCCAUCCCCAAAUGCGCUAGACCGAGAACUGUCUGAGCAGGCACUCACAACGAUUGAGGCUCUCCCGGACCGCAGUGAAACCGUCAGCAUCAGUGAUCCAAGUGAAACCGAGCCGGUCAGGAAGAAGCUCACAAAGCAGGGCUCCGUCCUCUCUAACUACUUCCCCGGGUCUACAGACAGAAGUAGGCCCGGUGCGUCAUUUUCCGAGGAUGUAGACGGACAUCUUGCAGACAUUGAGGAUGAUGUUGAGUGUGAUGAUGAUGACUUCAUCAGUGGUCAGUCAUUGUUAUCAUCAUCUAAUAUCAGCUCUGUCAAUGGAUCUUUGAAUGAGGAGAUGUAUAGUACUCAAGGAGAUGCUGGUUUAGUUUAUGGGGAAUCUGGAUACAAUGUGAGACGGCCCAACGGCAGGGACGUCUACUCAAGCGAUACAGAGAGUGAAGUUGCAGCAAAGGGACAUAAAUCUAGGUUAGGAAAUGGGGAUUCUCGUGAUUUAUUUGUGGGUGGUAUGCGUGGACAGCCAGUGGGAGCUACAGCAACAGCAACAGCAGAGAGUGGUGGUGGGGGAUUUCAGCCGGCAGAGCCGUCUGGACCUGAAAGGAUAUUCAAGGUCGUGUUUGUUGGGGACUCAGGAGUGGGGAAGAGCAGCUUUAUAUAUCGCUUCUGUCACAGCAACUUCAAGCAGACUUUCAGUGCCACAAUUGGUGUGGACUUCCAGAUCAAAACAAUGAUGAGUGAGGGGAAGCUGAUAGCCCUGCAGCUAUGGGACACUGCUGGACAAGAAAGGUUCCGGAGUAUCACCAAGCAAUACUUCCGGAAGGCAGAUGGCGUUAUUGUCAUGUAUGAUGUCACGUCCGAGAACUCCUUCAUCAACAUCAGGAACUGGAUGAACAGUGUCAAGGAAGGAGUGGACGAGGAUGCAGUCAUAGUGGUUGUGGGUAACAAGAUGGAUCUCACUGAAGACGACAACAAACGUGUCAUCAAAACCAAGGAUGGCAUUAAGUUUGCUGAUGAGCACGAUGCUCUGUUCUAUGAGAGCAGUGCUAAGUUGGGGAGCGGGGUCAAGGAAACCAUGGAGGCACUGGCAUGCAUGCUACGGGAGAAGGAGGACAAGUCCAUUGAAAAUGCCCUGAAACUUGAGGGAGGGCCCAUCAAGAAGAAAGGAUGCUGUUCUUGAUAGAAGACAAUGUGUAAAUGGGUGAUACAGAGGGGAGAUAACUGAUAUUACUAGAGGGGAGAUAACUGAUAUUACUAGAGGGGGAGAUAACUGGUAUUACUAGAGGGGAGACAACUGGUAUUACUAGAGUGGAGAUAACUGAUAUUACUAGACGGGAGAUAACUCAUAUUACCAGAAGGGAGAUAGCUGAGGCUGUUACUGCUACGAGAGUGGAGAUAACUGAUGUAAUAGCAGGGGCUUUUACUGAUUGACAUCUUGCAGGACAGAGGUAACUGAUUUUCACAGGAGAAAACUUCUGAUAUAUUUAGAAGUGAGAAAACUGAAUUUGAAAUAGGCCCAUAAUUAAUAUAUUACAGCAGGGGAGAUAACUCACUGAUAUAUCACAGUAGGGGAGAUAACUGUGACUUCCCAUGAAGGAGAUAACAGAUAUUAGAGAAAGGGAUGUAAGAGGAAUUACCACUGGAGGGAUUUAAAUGUGGUUAUUAUAUGAAGGCUUUUAAUCUGCUGAUGGGAAUUAGUUGAAUGAUCCAUGAUCUUAAGUGAAAUAACGGAUAUUGUAGAAGGGGAGGCAACUUUUACCUUGUUAUGCUAAUGGAAGAGUUUCAGAGUGAAGAAAUGAACUUGGAAAGGUCACGUUCAAAGAUCAGGCCAACAAUUAUGGCAGCAAUAGAUAUGUUUGUUGAUCUCUUUGAAACUGGACUCAGACAUAGAUUCCAGGUUUACAGUUAAUCCAUGUCACGGACACUGAUGUUUGUCAAUGAGUAUUUGCAUCCAUACAUUGAUGACAAUGCACCUCUCACCUGGAGUCUUUCAUCCUAGUACUACUCAUCUCAUAUACUCAUAUGCUUAUAGGCAAAGUUUCAUGAUGGACUGUUAGGGUCUGAAACAACUGACUGAACUGUUCUUCCAGGGUAUAAGUUGUUGUAAUGGGAAAGAUGAAAUGUUGGAUAAGGGAUGCCAUCACAAGAUCGUGAGCUAAUUGCUGUGGACACAGAAUCUUGAUGGAGAUGACAAUCUGCAUGAAGCCAUAACUGCCUCUGAUGAGUCCCCCCCAUCACCUCCAGAUCCAGGACUGUUUUUCAGUCUCCUCUCAAUUCAGGACUGUUCCUCCAUCACCUCUAGAUUCCAGGGCAGGUCCUCAAUCUCCUCCAUAUCCAGAACUGUUCCUCCAUCACCUCUAGAUUCCAGGACAGGUCCUCAAUCUCCUCCAUAUCCAGGACUGUUCCUCCAUCACCUCUAGAUUCCAGGACAGGUCCUCAAGCUCCUCCAUAUCCAGGACUGUUCCUCCAUCACCUCUAGAUUCCAGGGCAGGUCCUCAAUCUCCUCCAUAUCCAGGACUAUUCCUCCAUCACCUCUAGAUUCCAGGACAGGUCCUCAAUCUCCUCCAUAUCCAGGACUGUUCCUCCAUCACCUCUAGAUUCCAGGACAGGUCCUCAAGCUCCUCCAUAUCCAGGACUGUUCCUCCAUCACCUCUAGAUUCCAGGACAGGUCCUCAAUCUCCUCCAUAUCCAGGACUGUUCCUCCAUCACCUCUAGAUUCCAGGGCAGGUCCUCAAUACUGCUUGACUCCCACAAAACCUGAAUAAGUUAAAAGCCUUUCCAAGUCUUGCAGGGUGUGUGAACUUGACUUCCCACAUGUAUAUUGACGCUGUGCUGUCCAUCUCAUCAUAUUGGGAGUCUGCCAUUACUGCUGAAGAUCACUCUUUGUUGGCAAUAUUUGUCAAGUUGUGUCCAGAUUUCACAGGUUUGAAAGAAUUUCAUAGAUAUAGAAUUAGAAAUCCAUUCUUGAGUUUCACUGUGUACAGUUAAUAUAUUUUGUAAGAAUACAUUUAUCAGUGGAAUCACUGGAUGUGCAAUAACAUGUAUGUUUUAUUAAUUGUACAUAGUACACUGUUUAUCUGAAUGAAAGAUGCCAUUUAGCUGUUAGUUGAAACAUUUAAAAUUCAUACAGGUUGAUUGUUUCUAGCACAAGAUCAUGAUGUUUUAGUCAGUGUCUUUGUUGCAUUGUUUUGUCAGUUUAAUGUAUCAUUCCAGAGCAAAGUGACUAGCAACUGUGACAAAAUGUUGAAUUAUGAAACAAGUAUGUGUACAUAUCAACCACAUGGCCUUACACUGUGGGUUUUACUAUUUGUACAUAUCAUCCACAACGUUAUCUGCACAGAUAUAUUUCAGUGCCUUUUGAACAUUACUGGCCCAGAUCAUGUUCUGAAGACUUUGUUGAGUUUUGAGAUGUUUUACCCAAUUUUAUUCAAAGCCAUUUUGGUGAAGGAAUAAACAUAUAUGAAAAAUA